AUGACUGCACCAUCAUGCAUUGUUCCUCCUAGUGAGCAAAUGAUCAUCCGUCCUUACUUGGUGCCACUUCUUCUUCAAUUCCAUGGAAUGGAGAAUGAGAAUCCUUACACUCACAUAAAGGAUUUUGAAGAAGUAUGUCAUACUUUUCAAGAAGGGGUUGCAUCAAUUGAUCUUAUGAGGCUUAAAUUGUUUCCUUUCACUCUCAAGGACAAGGUAAAAGUGUGGUUGAAUUCUUGGAGACCGCGAAGUAUCCGCUCAUGGCCUGAACUACAAGCUGAAUUUUUGAAGAAGUUUUUUCCAGCUCCUCGUAUGUCACCGGCUAUGAAACAAUUGCUAGAAACCAUGUGUGGAGGAGACUUUAUGAGCAAAAGUCCUGAUGAAGCUUUGGAUUUUCUAAACUAUGUGGCUGAAAUAUCUAGAUCAUGGGAUGAACCUCAUGGAAAAGAUUCCAGCAAAGUCAAGCCCCAAAACAAUGCUAAAGGAGGAAUGUACACUUUGAAUAAGGAUGUAGAUGUGCAAGUAAAAAUGGCAACUCUAUCAAGGAGAUUGGAAGAACUUGAAGCAAGAGGAGCUAAUGAAAUCAAAGUGGUUAAUGAUGUUCCAAUGCAAAUUGCUCAAUGCUCCAUAUGUCAAUCCGGUGAACAUCUAGUGAGCGAAUGCCCCACCAUACUAGCUGUUAGAGAAAUGUUUAUGGAGCAAGCUAAUAUUGUGAAUGAAGAUGAUGGACCAAAGCAAGAUGAGAUUGUCAAUGAAGAGGUUAAGAAGAAAGAUAAGCUCUUAUCUCCACCUUUUCCAAAAGCUCUUCGAUCAAGGAAGGUGGUAAAUAAUGCAACUGAGAUUUUUGAAGUUCUCAAGCAAGUCAAAGUUAACAUACCACUCCUAGACAUGAUCAAGCAAGUUCCUCCCUAUGCCAAGUUCCUUAAAGAUUUAUGUACAAUGAAGAGGGGUUUGAACAUCAACAAGAAAGCUUUCUUAACUGAACAAGUUAGUGCAAUCAUCCAAUGUAAGACUCCAAUCAAAUAUAAAGAUCCAGGGUAUCCUACCAUUUCGGUGAAUAUUGGAGAUACAUAUGUAGAGAAAGCUCUUCUUGACUUGGGUGCAAGUGUAAAUCUUCUUCCCUAUUCGGUGUACAAGCAAUUGGGGCUAGGGGAACUCAAGCCUACUUCUAUCACAUUAUCUUUGGCUGAUAGGUCAAUUAAAAUUCCAAGAGGAAUGAUUGAAGACGUAUUGGUUCAAGUGGAUAAGUUUUACUAUCCGGUUGAUUUUAUUGUCCUUGAUACGGAGCCAAUAGCAAGAGAACCUAAUCAUGUUCCAAUCAUUCUUGGAAGACCUUUCUUAGCCACAAAAAAUGCUUUAAUAAAUUGCCGGAAUGAGGUAAUGCAGCUCACUUUUGGGAAUAUGACUCUUGAGCUGAAUAUUUUUCAUCUAUGCAAGAGACAUCCAAAUCAAGAUGAGGAUGAACAAGAAGAGGCUUGCUUGAUUGAUACUCUUAUAGAAGAACAUGUGGAAGGAAUAAGAGAGGAAGAGAUGGAAAAGGCUUAUGAAGAAUUUGAAGAAAUUGAACAAGAGGAAAAAAUUGAGGAAGCUAAUGAAAUUACUUCCAUUAAUCAUCCAAUGCAAUGGAAAGCAAAAGAAAAGCCUUUAUCUCUAACCAAUGAUGAAGAAGAAAAGAAAGAAGAAUCACCUAAGCUCAAUCUCAAGCCCUUGCCAACUGAUUUAAAAUAUGCAUACCUUGAGGAAGAUAAGUUUCCGGUGGCGAUCUCUUCAAAAUUAUCAUACCAACAAAAACUAGCUUGUUGGAAGUUCUAA